AUGAAGGACAACGUUACCCCGCUGUAUACCAGCCCUCAACUGGGCGCCAAGGUCUCGACAUAUUCCGAGCAGCACUCGACGCCGCUGCCCAAGUACAUCAGCGACUACCACGCCCACAUCUCCUCCACCCGUGAUGAUUCAGAGUACUUGAGCUCAGGCUUCCAAUCCCAGUUCAACAUCUUCCUUGCCAAGUCCAUCGGUGCCAAGAGAGUCCUCGAGAUUGGCGUCUAUGCCGGGUUCUCUGCCCUUGUCUGGGCUCAUGCCGUUGGUCCAGACGGCCAGGUAACUGGCUUGGAGUACGAGCCCGAGUACGCCAAGCUCUCCAACGAGGGAUUCGCAGCCAACGGCGUCAACAACGUUGAAAUCGUCGUCGGCCCUGCAUCUGAGACGCUACCAAAACUGAACCCCAGCAAGCCGUACGACCUCGUCUUCAUCGACGCCGACAAGACGGGGUACCCGGGUUAUCUGAGACAGCUCCUCGAGGGGUCUCAGCCCGGCAGCACAAAUAGGCUGCUCCGACCGGGGGCCCUCAUCGUCUCGGACAACGUGCUGCGCCGGGGCCUGGUUGCGGAUGACAAGGCGCUCGGCGACGAGGAGCUCACUGGCGACCGGCUCGCCAACGUCCAGGCCCUGAGGGAGUUUAAUGACCUGAGCUUGAGCAACCCGCGACUGGAGACGUUUGUCAUACCUCUGUGGGACGGUGUCAGCGUCACCAGACUUAUUGAUUAG